AUGGAACCUCUGAGAGAGUGCCUUUCCAUUCACAUCGGUCAAGCUGGUGUCCAGAUUGGAGAUGCUUGUUGGGAGCUCUAUUGCCUGGAGCAUGGAAUCCAGCCAGAUGGUAUCAUUCUUGAGACUCAGCAGGAUUCCUUGGAAAAUGCGAAAGUGGACCACAGGAAUUCUUCCUUUGAUAGCUUCUUCCAUGAGACGAACACAGGCAAGCAUGUGCCCAGAGCACUCUUCAUGGACUUAGAACCAAGUGUUAUAGAUGGGAUCCGAGUGGGAAAGUACCGCUCACUCUUCCACCCAGAGCAGCUGGUUAACGGAAAGGAGGAUGCUGCGAACAACUACGCGCGAGGUCACUACUCCGUGGGCUCAGAGGUCAUCGACCUUGUGCUAGAGAGGAUCCGAAAGCUGGCAGAACAGUGCAGUGGACUUCAGGGAUUUUUGAUUUUCCGAAGCUUUGGAGGAGGCACUGGGUCAGGAUUUACACCUCUCUUAAUGGAGCAGCUUUCGAUAGAAUACAACCGGAAGACCAAGUUGGAGUUCUCUGUCUACCCAUCCCCUAGAAUCUCCACCGCGGUGGUAGAGCCUUACAAUUCCAUCCUCACCACCCAUUCCACCAUAGAGCACUCAGACUGUACCUUCAUGGUGGACAACGAAGCCAUCUAUGACAUCUGCCAUCAGAAACUUGGUCUUGAGCGCCCCUCCUACACCCAUAUCAAUAGGCUGAUAGGUCAGGUGAUAUCUUCCAUUACCACUUCCCUCCGAUUUGAAGGACCUUUGAACGUGGACCUCAUUGAAUUCCAGACCAACCUAGUCCCUUAUCCAAGAAUCCAUUUCCCUCUCACAACCUUUGCCCCCAUCAUCUCGGCUGACAAAGCCUACCACGAGCAACUCUCCAUCGCGGACAUCACGGCUGCUUGCUUCGAGCUCUCCAACCAGCUGGUGAAAUGCCAUCCUCAGCUCGGGAAGUACAUGGCCUGCUGCCUGCUCUACAGGGGAGACGUGGUACCCAAGGACGUCAACGCCGCCAUUACAUCCCUGAGGUCAAGGACCUGUGUUCAGUUUGUGGAUUGGUGCCCAACUGGUUUCAAGGUGGGCAUCAGUGAGCAGCCGCCUUCCGUGAUGCCAGGAGGGGAUCUGGCGCGGAUGCAGAGGGCGGUCUGCAUGCUGAGCAACACGACGGCCAUUGCGGAGGCCUGGGCCCGGCUGGACCACAAGUUUGACCUCAUGUAUGCCAAGAAGGCAUUUCUGCAUUGGUACACCACCGAAGGCAUGGAACUCGGGGAGUUCUCCGAGGCCAGGGAAGAUCUGGCGGCUCUGGAAAGGGAUUACGACGAAGUAGGGUUAAGUUUCUGA